CCUCCCUUCGCCCUACCGCGUAGGACAAACACCAUCGGCGGAAAAAAGCGCGACGAUAUAGCCUCGCCGAUUGAUUACAGCACAAAGAAAACUGUACAAUUGAUUUGAUACGGUGUCGCGCAGUGCUGAGUAAAAAAUACGAAGGCAAAAGGGGUGCCGGGACCCCCCUCCCCUAAUUUUUUUUUAAAAAAAUUCAAACGCAGGAGAGAAGUGUCAAGCACUCUUGCCUUCUUUGCGUUCCGCACCGUACUCGACGAAGCCAUGUCAACCAAUAAAUCCGCCCGAUCGCGCUUCUCCAGUCCACUGCACCCGAACUCUCCCUCCAGCAACAAUAGGGGAAUGACGAUGGAAGGGCAAAGAUCAUUUAUGCAGAGAUGGCUCGAACCCCCGAUUCAGAACAAAGCGAGUUUUCAAGAGGCAGGAUUGAUAAGAGGCGGUGUUGUCGAGAAUAUGGCUCCUCUUGGUACUCUACCAAAGUCGGCCAUGCACAAGAAAUCCCCGGUGAAUGGUGAUGGAUUACCGGCUCCUCCUCCGACCAGGACGCGUAUUGUGCUGAAGAAGCCUUACGUGACUACGACACCGAUGCCGCGUGAGAGCGUGCCUCGUAUAAGAGAAGAGUCUGUAGAUGAGGUCGAGAACGAGGUGGAUGCGGCGCCAUUGUCGCCUUUGUCACAACCUGUGGCACCUCCUGCGAUGAUGGAUGAUGGUGAAGACGAAGAAUACGUGCCCAAGAAAUCAAAGACACGCACAUCUUCUGCUCAUGUCACGCCUAUCACUGUACCUAGCAGCACACGGCGACAUUCAGCUAGGCGUCGAAGUGCGCGUCCAAGCCCAACUCCAGUUGUCGUCACGGUCCCUGCAAUUUCCACGCCUGCCCAAUCUUCACCUGUCCAGGCACCAGCCCCAUCACCAAAGCCUCCUACAUUUCGCGCGCCGGCUUCUACACUUGGUCGCGUGCCAGAUAAAGAAUUGGCGGAUAAAGUUGUUGAGACCGCAGUUGAUGAGGCACUUCGCCAUUACCGCUACCCCACUGCAUGGGCACUUCGUCUACUUUACGAUGAAAAUUCAUCUGACCCCCAUUUUGUUUCUAUGAUUGAGGACAUCUUUCAUCAACGCGCAGAUGUAGAAACCAUCAAGGAAUUUAACAGGCUCGUGUCCGACAAGAAAAAGGGAGGAAAAAAGGACAACAAAGGUUGCUAUUAUUUUGAGCCGCCUUCGACUGGCAGCCGCUUCACUCCUCAGAAGCCCAAACCUGCACCUUACAGUGACCUAGUCAAAAUGGAUUUCAGUCAUUUCCCAGAUGAAACACUUAAGGGACAUGUCAACAAGAAGGUCAAACUCGAUCAGGAUGCUAUUAUUGAUGCUGCUACAAUGACUCCUUCUAAGGUAAAUGGCAACGGUACCGGAAAUGGAAAUGAGAAUGAAAAUGGAGUCAGCAGCCAUAAAGGUCUCACAAACAGAUCACCUCAUAAGUCACCUAACAAGUCACCAUCUAAGGGAAGAAAGACGCGUUCGGGAUCAGUUAGCAGCUCUUCAUCUCUAUCUUCGGUCCCCGAUGAUGUUCCCGAUGACUUCGAGGGUUUCAUGGAUCUAGUGGAUGACGACCUGAGUGUCGCGCGUCCCAUAGCUGCCGCAGCCGAAGCGAAUAAUGCGCAAAUCCCGGCAGACUCAAUCCAGCCAAUCAGCGACCAGCAGAAGAAACCCGCCGCGAAAAAGAAGAAUGGUGCAUCUCCCAAGCACACUCCCUCCCAAAGUACCCGUCAACAUCCUUCAUCCCGUGAUUCAAGUAUGCCCGCUGUUGUUAUCACCAACGGCACCUCUCAUCUUCAGCACACACCUAAGCGUCAACAAACACCCGCUUUCAAGUUUACCAGCAAAUUUGGUGACGCCGACCUUUCGGAGCCACUUGUUCAGAAAAAGCUGAACAACAAAUUUGAGACUAGAAGUGCUACGGAGGAUAUCGUCGAGGAGAGUUUCAUUCGAGAACCUCUUCUGGACGACAGUCUACCCUUCGAGCUGGCUGUGCCACCGCCACCUACCACCGAGCAAUAUCGCUCAUCUCGGACGCCAGCUCUGAGUUCACGAGCUGCGAGAGCGGCCAAGCGCAACCAUGAUGAAAUGGACGACUCCAUCUCUCCGACUACCCAGUCAUUCAGAGCCGCCGAUCUGGAGGCAUCUUCUGCACGCAACUCACGUGCUGCGACGCCGGCGUCCAAUUUACGAUCGAACAAGAAGCCUCGAGCAGGUUUACGCGUGAAGAAUUCGCCGAUGAAAAAGAAGGGUACUUCUGCGGGUAUUCCUCGUAGUGCUGUUGAUCGACCAAGCCCUAUAGGCUUCGGACCUCCUCAUCAUCAGGACGAUAACGACGACUCCUGCUACACGUGCGGGGGUAAUGGUGAGCUGGUUUGCUGUGACGGAUGCAAUUAUUCUUUCCACUUUCUAUGCAUCGACCCUCCUAUGGACGAGGGUCAUAUGCCCGAUGAGUGGUAUUGUAAUGAGUGCAAGCACUCAUAUACUCCGCCCUUCAGUGGCGAAUAUCAGGGCCCGUUCCGUUCUCUCUUCAGUCUUCUCGAUAGAAAGAACACAAGAGCUUUCCGUCUUCCCGAGGAUGUUCGAGAGCUUUUCGAGGAUGUGCGAACAGGACCCGAAGGCGAAUACGAAGAGGCUGUGCCUCCUAAGCCUAAGACGACCAAGAAGGGUGUUGAGGAACCCUUCGAUUUUUUCAAGGUCAAGAAUGCGGAUGGCCGCCCGGUGUUAUGCUUCCGCUGCAACAAGGCAACCUCGGACAACCGACCCAUAAUCCCCUGCUCGGUACCGGUAUGCGGACUCAACUGGCAUCUUGAAUGCCUAGAUCCACCUCUAGCCGUUCCGCCGGUUCCUCGAACCUGGCGAUGCCCUUGCCAUGCUGAGGAGAUGCUGGCUGAGCUUCCGGAAAGACUAGCCCCCGCACAUCGGCACCGCAGGAUCAAGAACGCUCCGAUUAUCGAGCACAGUUACAGCAGAGGAAUGGCUAAUGAUGGCUACAUCGAAAUCGAGAACGACGAUGAUAGCGAGGACGAUGCGCACGCUUGGCGAAAAUACAAGGGCUUCGGCCAAACACAUCGACUGUCUGCCAAAGGCGUCAAGUUGGACUUCAUUUCUCGUGUACAAGCAACGCGCAAGCGCAAAUCCGCCCCGAUCAGCCCGGUUAGCCCUACUCCUGCGGUCCAACCCAGAGUUCGGUCUCUGGAAGAGCAGCAAGCUGCCUUAAAUCUCGCUCAGCUAGCGAGAAGUGAUGGCAUCAAUUUACUACAACGAGCCAUGAUUUCUCAAGCUAGCCCGGAUAUCGUCUCUUUGAUGGCAAGCGGGGAUGCUAAGCGCAUUGCCUCGGGCAGCCUAACUUCAGUUGAUACUGUUUCCCUCCAAGCGAUGCUCGCACAAGCCGAAUCCUUACAGCAGGGUAUUCGUCAGCUCCUAGGCAGCAGAAACAUAACAAACGACGCAACGCUUAAAGCGACAAAAAAGGAGGCUUCUCUAUCAUUCAAUAGCCCCAUGAGCUAUGACCCGAUUGCAUACAAAGAUGGCAAGCAACGUACUGUUGCCAAAGGUGUCGCCACCAACCCUGACGUCGAGGGUAACAAGCUCACCAAGAACGAGUCUGCGAUGCAGAUCGACUAAGAAACCCUCAUCCCUCCGAUGCAAGCUUAGCGCAUGUACCGCUGCCCUUGCCAAUGUCUCCUACUUUAUUCAGUCUCGGUUAUGGUGGAGCUUGGUCCGUUCUAGAUGCAGAUCCACGGUUUCAAAUUCUACAAGACGAGCACCGUGGAAAUUACACUGUCACAUCGACAGGUCUAACUACUAUUAAUUUUUCCUAUUCCAUUUGCGACAUUACUACGAGUCGCCACCGCCUUUUUUCGAUCCCGAAACUCCAGGACCGCCAAUUUCCUUAAUAAGCACCGGAGAUUUGCCAAUAGGCAAG